AUGGCCAACAAGAACCUGACUGAGAGGAACGGCGUUGACCUCGAAGACCCUACGAAGCCCGAACAGCAUGCCGAUGUUCAAGAAAUCAAUGUCUCAGGCCAUGUUCUUGAGUUACCCAAGGAAUUCAAUUUGGCCAGUGCUGUCGCCACUGGAAUCACGACAGGUAACACAUGGACGGCACUUGGAGGAGCCAUUAUUGCUUCACUGUAUAAUGGUGGACCGCCAGGAAUCAUAUACGAAUUCAUCGCCGUCUCCGUGUUUUACUGGUUUAUUGCAGCUUCAAUUGCCGAACUUGCCUCUGCGAUUCCAGCCUCUGGAGGUGUAUACCACUGGGCAACUGUGACUGCCGGUCCUAAGUAUGGCCGCAUUUGUGGCUGGUUCGCUGGUUGGUUGAACUUCUUCGCCUGGUCAUUUGGCGUGUCAGCCAAUUGCUCUAUAAUUGGCAGCAUGAUUGUUUACGCGUAUGCGCUCUUCCACCCUGGCUAUGAGCCAGAGCGGUGGCAUGUGUUCAUUGCGUAUCUUAUCGUUUGCUGGGGCUGUUGCUUCACAGUCAUGUUUGCCAAUCGCUCUCUCCCUUAUGUCAACCGGAUUGGGUCUUUCUUGAUUCUGGGGGGACUUCUGACGACUAUUAUUGUCUGCGCAGUUAUGCCAAGCCAGAAUGGUAGAGGAUAUGCUUCAUCCAGCUUUGUUUGGAAGGAUUGGAAGAACGGAACAGGUUAUUCAAACAACGGGUUUGUAUUUCUCGCGGGAAUGCUGAAUGGUGCCUUCGCAGUGGGAACUCCAGACUGCGUCACACAUAUUGCAGAGGAGAUACCUCAGGCUAGCAAAAAUCUUCCCAAAGUCCUUGCAUGCCAGGUCGUGGUCGGGUUCUUUACUGCCCUUUUAUACAUGAUUUCCAUGUUCUACGCGAUCAAUGACCUUGAUGCGAUCUUUCAAGCAGACUCGAUUUGUCCGCUUGGAGAAAUCUAUAGACAAGUGACCGGUUCGAAUGGUGGGGCUUUAGGUCUAUUGAUCGUCAUUAUUCUGCCCAUAGUCUGUGCAACCGUUGGCUGCUAUAUUACGGCAGGUCGAACCCUUUACGCCCUCGCCCGUGACGAUGCGGCUCCAUUUGCCGACAGGAUUGGGAGCGUCAGUCCUAAAUGGAAGAGCCCCCUCUAUGCGACCUUAGCCUGCGGCUUUAUUUCGACAGGUAUGGGGGCGGUCUAUAUCGGAUCACUGGCCGCAUUUAACGCAUUUGUGGGCUCAUUCGUCUUGCUCACGACGGUCUCGUUCCUGAUAGCUAUACUUCCCCACUUGCUCUCAGGACGGAAAAACAUCACUCCUGGUCCAUUUUGGAUGGGCAAGGCUGGAUAUGUUGUCAACUUCAUAAGCUGCGUCUAUAUCGUGGUUUUCUUUGUGAUUUACUGCUUUCCUUACGCCUUACCCACGUCGGCUGCACAAAUGAAUUACACCAGCGUGAUUACAGUUGGAUUGGUUAUUCUGGUGGCAACCUGGUGGUUUAUUCAUGGCCGAAAGAGCUACGUUGGACCCCAGAUAGUUCCGAAACCAUAG